AUGAAUGAAAUAUGUGAAACAGUACCAUCACAAAAAGGUGGCAUUAAAAUUAAAGUUGAUAGGUGUACAGGUCGAGCCGUAACACAAUUAUGGGAUGAUAAACAUUAUCUUAAAAGUUUCUCCAAACACAAGCAGCAUGCUCCACAAGCGCAUAAGCCUGAAGUUGCCAAAGUUGUACCUCAAAUUAAACAACAAGCUAAA